GGUUGGAUAUUGUGAAGUUUCAACGCAUCCUUCAGUAUGUCCUCCACAGCUACCACCAAGAGGUGAAGAAAGUCAUAGAUGCAGCCCAAGGUAGCUAGGAGAGGUUCAAGGAGGGGAUACAGAGGAAAUACCGCUUGGGAGACGGGUUGUUGACUACCGCGGACCUUGAGGCGAUGAACAAAGAGGAUUUUACGACGAUAGGGGCCUUUGUUCAAAAAUUUAAGAAGAAGGCGCGGAAGGUCCAUGGGAUUUCAGAGGAAGCACAGUGCGCCAUCUUCCUGGGGCUACUCACGGCAUCGGAGGCCGUCGAGUUGACGAGACAUGGAGGAGGUAGCACCGAGCUCACUUGGGCCACCAUUGAUAGAGGGGUGGAAGUGGGGUGUUUGGACCAGGUCGAGCAACGUCAGGUACGCCUGCAAAGGCAGAAGAGAAAGGAAAGAGAUGCGACCGCUUCUCGGACCCCGGGGGUAACAAGGAGUGUUACAGACGUAUUGGCACAGCUAGGGUAUGCGACAAAGCCGGUGGUGCAAAGGAGGGUAGUGACGGCUGUCAAAGUGAAAGGAAAGAAGCCAGUGAUAGAGGAGGCUGUUCAGGAGGAGCUCUGGGAAGAGGAAGAGCCGGUGCCGCAGCACCUGACAAAGGUCCAGCGCAAAGUGCGUAAUUUGGCGCAGGGCGGACAGGGAUCAGGAAAAGCGCAGGCGCCUCAGGCCCAGGUAGCAGCCCCUUUAAAUGUGGCGGCUCCAUCAUCUAGUACGGGCCCCUCGCAAGGUGGGGCGCCCUCCUACGGACAGUGGCCCUGGCCGGUGAUCAAUGCAAUUGUGCCAUGGGGAAGUCCACCGCCAGUAGCCGGACCGCAAACAAGUAUGCCACCGCUCAUCUACCCCGCAGCCCAGGCCCAGCCUGUGGCCCCGCCGUCGUCACCUGCUCCUAGUUCACAGGGCAGUGUGGCGGGAGGUGGGAACCAGGGGCAAGGCAAUCAAGGCAACGGAGAGAGGGGUGGAGGAAGGGGGCGAGGUAGGAAUGGCCGCGGAAGAGGGAGGCAAUGGAAUGGUCAAGGCCAGGGGUACCAAGGCCAGGGGAAUCAAGGUCAGGGGUACCAAGGCCAAGGGAGUCAAGGCCAGGGGUACCAAGGCCGCGGGUACCAAGGCCAGGGGUACCAAGGCCAGGGGGAUCAGGGAAGUCAGGGGUAUGGAAGACCCCGUUUUGAUUGGAGGACGGCCAUUUGUCAACAUUGUGGCCAACAAGGCCAUACUAUAAGGUUCUGUAACAUAAGACGGGAAGAUGAGAGGAGCGGGCUGAUUUCCUCCACUAUGGAUGGGAAUAUCUACGAUCAGUUUGGGGAGGCCGUUAACAGAAGGCUUGGAGGGGUGAGGGCGGAAGCCCAGCGAAGGGCGGCAGCUGGGCCAUUACCCCCUGCCAUGUUCAGGCUAUGGCAGGAAAAGGAGGAACCACCGAUUGGGAUGGAGGAAGUGGAGAGCGAUAAGGAAGUGGCUAAGGGGCUACGAGGAGGAAGUAAGACGGAAGAGCCCAUAAUCAUCGAGUCAGAUGAUGAGGAUGAGGAGGAAAGAAUGGAGCCUCCGUGCGUCUUAUUUGGGAAGAUGGAGGACCUGCUGGAUAAGAUGGGGAGGUACCAACGGAAGCUGGUGGGCCUCUGUGAGGAAGUAAAGGGAUGGAAGUCUAACAUCCCCAAAGUGUUCCUCUAUGACUCCGGCCCGGAGUCAGCACCAAAGCGACCCGGAGUAAAUGUGGUGGGGUCGUGCCCACAAUCGGGGAUGAGGGGAAGACCCCUCACUCCGCAGGCCCGGCUGACACAGGCAGCGCGACGAGGAAUCAAGCCAAGGCCAGUGCCAGCCAAGAGCCUCCGAGGAGAGAACCCGAAUCAGGGAGAAGGAAAGAGGCUGUGGAAGGGACGGCUCAAGCAGGGUUCCCAAAGGCGGUACAAGACGGUAGACAAGAAGUGCCGCCCGGUUCCCGUCCUCGUUACAGAAGACGAGGAAGCAUAUUACAAAAGAGAACGAGGGCUAAUACGGCGAAUGAGGGAGAGUACUUUAGCAGGGCCAUGUCGUAUCAACGACGAGAACGAGGAGGAGUUGAUUAUAGGGGAACCCGACUUCCUACUGCCUCAAGAGCGAACAUUGAUGGUGAAAUUAAUGAAGAGGAGGCAUCGCGCCUAUGCGUUUAGCGACGAGGAGCGUGGCACAUUGGAUGUGGACAAGAUACCUAUGAUUCGCAUCCACACCGUGCCACACGAGCCUUGGAACAUGAGAGGGGCGCGAUAUCCUAACCCUGAUGAGGAAAAGAAGGUGGUGGACUACCUCGACGGCAAGAUAAGUACACAUGUCGCCGACUAUUCUAGUGGACCGUAUGCGUCCCCGUGGUUUUGCUUCAUUAAGCCUAACGGGACGCUGCGAUGGGUGCAAGAUCUGCAGAGGUUAAAUGCGGUGACCGUGCGAGAUGGUGGAGGACUGCCAAAUGCGGAUGCUUUGUCGGAAUCCUGUGCUGGAAGGCCUAUAAUUUCGCUUAUAGACCUUUACUCAGAAUACGAUCAGUUUCCGGUCUACCCGCCAGAUAGGCCAGUGACGGCUAUGCAUACGCCGCGAGGAUUAAUCCGCAUGAACGUGGCCCCUCAAGGGUGGACCAAUGCGGUAGCAAUGGUCCAACGGGCCAUGAUUCGGGUUAUGCAGUCAGUCAGCCCCCAUAUUACACAGCCAUACAUCGACGAUUUGGCAGUGAAGGGGCCGACAGUGAAGGAGAGCGAUGAAGUCUUGUCAGGGGUAAGGCGCUUUGUUUGGGAGCAUAUCCAGGACCUUGAAAAAGUCCUGAGCCUGCUCGAGGAGCAUAACCUCACGGCGAGCGGGGCCAAAUCCAGACACUGCACGAGGGAAGCGACUAUUUUGGGGUUCAUCUGCAGCGAGAAGGGUCGGAGGCCGGAUGUGAAGAAGACGGACAAGAUUACUGAGUGGUUAGUCCCGUUCCACUCAGUAACUGAUGUCAGAAGCUUCCUUGGUACGUGUGGAUUUUGGAGGGUCUUCGUCAAUAAUUUUGCCGCUAAGACUGAACAUCUGAGGAAGUUAGUUCGUCAGGACCAGGAAUGGGUUUGGGGUGAAGAACAAGAACAGGUGGUAGCCAGAAUGAAGGAAGAAUUUCGAGAAGGAGGGUUGGUGUUAGGAGCGUCAGAUUAUGACGCCACAGAGACGCGACCCUUCAUUGUCGAAACGGAUGCGGGGCCGACUGCUUUAGGGGGAGUUCUAAUUCAGGGAGACAUGGAAGGAAAGGAAAGGCCCUUGCGAUUUGAGAACCGGACUCUCUGUACGACGGAGAGGAACUACUCCCAGUUCAAGAGGGAGACCCUUGUCGUCCUCCAUUGUCUGCGAAUCUUCCAAAACUACAUCUUCGGCAGGAGGUUUAUUUUCAGAGUGGAUCCGACCGCCCUGGCCUACUCUCUAAGGAAUUACGUUCCAUCAGAUCCGACGGUUGCCAGAUGGCUGACGUACAUUUGGAUGUUCAAUUUCGAAUUGGAACGGAUACCUGGCAGUAAGAACCGGGCGGACGGGCUGAGUAGGAUCAACUGGGAUAAACAGGAAGGGGAGGCGGUGGAGAAUACGCCUCCAGUUGAUGGAUUUCUAGAUCAGGAAGAAGAUGUUCGUCUCUACAUCAAUAAGUGGUCGCCGCGAGUGCCCAACUGUGUAGGCUAUCCUAUUUGGCAAACGCCAAGUGGGUAUGAACGGAGGGAUGAGUUAGUCCUUAAGCCCUUUGAUGAAGAGGAUCACUGGGGUGGUAAGGAUGUUCAGUUGAUGAUGGAGCUAGCGCUGGCCAGCUCACAUAGCCUGGUGGAGGAUAUGAGGACGAUUGAGGAAGGACCUUGCCAGGAAAGCCUAGACCAGUCAGGCUCGUUGAACCCGGCAGGGAAUGUGGACGAAGUGCCCGAGAGCCAGGACGACGAGUUCGAGGAAGGGGAAAUUAAGGAGGCUUUUUGUGCAGAGGAGUACGACGGGAUCUACCUAGAGUUGGGGCUUCUUCUGUCAUAUGAAAUACGGCUAAGGGAUGCAAGCGAUAGGGCUCAGAGGAUACUGCAGCGCUACUUAGUGCGAGACGGCCACCUUUUCGUGAGAAGAGAAGUGGGGAAUCCCAGGAGAGACGUCUACGGUAGGAAUCGUCAGAUCGACGUCGUCGCAGCGCUUCACGAUGGCAUUGCAGGAGGGCAUCGAGGGGUACAAGCCACGUAUGCCAAGAUAAGUGAGCUGUCUGACUUUACGAAGACAGCCAUGCCAAGAGGAGGGAGGGAGACACGGCCGCCUUGGAGGCCGUUGGGAGCAUCAGGAGGAUAUGAGCGACAUGGGUCUCGCCAUCGAGAGAGUACUCCGGUAUACGAUGAUGGGGACAUCAAGCUAUUCCUGGACACCUUUUGGGAUCAUGCGAGGCGUAUGGGCUGGACCGUGACUCAGGCAAUCGAGGGACUGAGGGGAGUCGGCAGAUUCGAGGAGCCCGUCGCGCGGAUCCGUAGAGAGGCGACGACGAGAUCAGAGGUGGAGUGGAGGAUGCAGGAGCUGCGACCCUCGCCUGUGGGACCAGAUGGCAGGCCGAUCCGUCUAGAGAUUGAAAACGUGGCAGACUUCAUCCCUGCUUUCGAGUGGUUCAUGCAGGGGCAGGGUAUACCAAGAGAUGAGUGGGCAAGGACGUUACCCCUCUGGACCAGAAAGGCGGAGAGGGCACUGGCUACGCAGGUCAGGGACAUAGCCCGAGACUGGGAGAGCUGCAGGGCGCAUCUGAGAGAAGCCUUUCGACGACCAGAGCCCACUCAGCCCAGAGUUGAGAGGCGUCAGAGGAGUCAGAGGCUGAGGGACCCUGAGCCCAGGGAGGCGAGACCGUCUCGAGGAGGACGGAAGGCCCUAGCCAGGAGAGAGGAGGAGCCAGAGCCAGAGCCAGACGCUGAGGAGCGAGGGGCAUACCCUGAGUGUAGGUUGGGACCAGUGGAGUUCCAUCAGUUUACCGAGGGUGGAUUGAGGAGGUCGCCAGCACGCGCACAGGAGGAGCCGCCAGCAUCUGAGGGGCCCUUGAAGGAGUUGGUGACGCAUUUGGAUAUCUCUCAGUGGAGGGCGUCGCCUCGGGGUGAGAAGCGUGGAGAGCAGGCAGAGGAAGUGCCACAAGAGGAGGUGCCACGAGAGGAGGUGUCGCGGGAGGUUCAGGAUACUCAGCGAGAGAGAGGGCUAGGCGAUGUGGGGAGACGUGCAGGGAAGGAAGUGAUAGAGGUUGGAGAGGACACGCCCCCACAGACGCCAGCAGUGGGCUUGAGACUCGGGGAUGCACCAGGAAGCACUCGCCAGGCAGAGGAGAGGUUGCAGAGUGAGGAGGUCCCAUUUCCUUCAUCAGAAAAGGCUCCUUCGCUAGAGGGGAGAGCAGGAAGGAGAAGAGAAAGGGCAUCUGUAAGGAGGGAAGCCUUGACCCUGAUUGAUAGGCACCUAGCAGCUUAUGCCCUGGAGCACCCAGACCUGGAGGAGCCAGCACCUGCAGAGCCGCGCCAGGAGCCGUGCCAGCCCGAGAAGGAGAUGGAAGCAGAGAUCCCAAAGAGGGUCGACCUCCGCACGAGGGAAAGGGCGCCCGCUGGAGAGACGGCUGAAGAAAAGAGGGCGAGAAGAACCAGGCGGAUAGACGAGAUAUGGCAAGAGAGGCAGAGGUUGGAGGCAGCGGGGGCAGGAGGAGGGGCAAAGAUCGGAGGCAGCAGGAGCACUCCCAGCUAUCAUCGAGAGCUUGAGGCAGCAAACCCAAGGAAAGGUGGACAGACCAGAGAGCAGCCGGCAGGAAGAGCAGAGGCAGCCAGGACAGGGACUGCCAGGAUAGCCAUCUGCGGCAGAGCCUCACCAGGAGCCACCUAUGGGGAGGGUUAUCCUGGAGCCAGAGGAGGCGAGAGCACAGAGACAGGCGGAGAGAGAGGCAUUCGAGUUCAGAGCUCCUACCGAGCUUGCGACACUGCCAGUGGCGGCGGCAGACCCAUUCGUGUCUUUGGCAGUAGAGGAGGGGCUGCCACCAUCUAGCAGUGAGCCGGCUCAGGGCUC